GUUACGUUUUCAAAUUUUCUCUAAAUUUCUCUGUGGAUUUCUUGAGUUUCUUCCCGCGGAGUUCGAAAGUGUAAAUGGGAUAAACCAUCAAAAAACAUCAAAACGGAUCUCUACUGGCUUCUUAUUAUAACUACCGUCAAGUAAAAACGAAAAGAUAAGCCGUUGUGAUACACUGAUCACGAGUAUGGCGUGUAUAACAGACCCAUACGUUAAUGAACAGUUCAGCAGCAAGCUUGAAGAGGUAAGGAACAAACUGCUCAACCAAGCAAUAGGCGAGAUGAUCGACACGGAGGAGGAGUUGUGUCAAGCGCACAAACAGUUCUUCAAAUCGGUAGAAGAUGCUUGUUCGAAGAAAUGCAAGGAGGCUGAAACCAUGUUUGAAACUAUUCAAAUGUACAGAAAUGAGUUGGAACACAUCCGUGAUGUUGUUAAGCAGAAGAGGGACAUUAUUCCGGAGGCAUUGUCAGAAAUGGAGGAAAAGGAGAUUCAGAAAGAAAACCUGAUCAGUAACAUCAACAGACUCAAAGAAAGCCUGGCCACGAAGAAGGAACUUAUUGUUUCUCAAAACAAAGCAAAUAAAGCCAGACUGAAGAACUUGAACAAAGCUAAGCUGGUGUUCCAGGAAUCACUGGGACUUGAAAUAAGAAAAAUUCAUGGUGAAAAGUUGCAAUUUAUAUUCAGAAACAUCAGCCAGAAGGACCCUGAGACUGCAUACACCUUUGUCCUCAGGAUCAGUGAAGAGGGCUCUUAUGAAGUGGUUUCCUGUGAUCCUCCAAUAGCAAACAUGCCCCACUUGGAGCGUAAACUGCAAGAGACAAACAACUUCUCUGCGUUCCUGGCAAACGUCAGGAAAGAAUUUGCAUCUUAAACCUUUUUUUUUUAUUGUGCGAAGUAGCCCAGUGCUGUGAGAAUUACAUUUUUCCCCCCUGAAUGGAGUUGUGGAUGCAUUAGGUGAAGGAAGGACUGAAUAUUUUACUCAAUAAACCCUGGAUGUGUUAAAUGUAAAAUUAUCACUAUUUUAUUUGCUGUAAAUGUCGCAAUUUUCAUAUUUAUUUUUUAUUUUCUGUCAAGGGGAAAUUGUGUAGUUUAUUUCUACAAAUGAUUAUCGCCGCUGUUCAUUUCUGUUUGUCAGAGUUAAAGGCUAAGACUCAUAAUUUCUGCAGUUUGUAUUAAAGCUGUUCUCUUGGCACAUCAUGCUGGUCACUGGGCUUAUAGUUUAGGGAAGGAAUACUUGUAAAUGUCUUAUUUCAGGAGGUGCUGUUAUCCACUGCAGUUUAAGUAGCUUAUGUUUUUUUUCCUCCACUGUCCACGGACAUUCCAGGGUCACUACUUUUAAAAUAAAAAUACCAAAAA